ACACUCGAUGGUGAUCCGCAUCCAAAAUAAAAUUUCCUCUAAUAAGCCACGUCGUGGUCCUAUUUGACAUAUUCCUUCUGGGUCUAUCUCUCGGCAUCUUGGCUACCAUGGUGAACGGUAUCCUACAAUCGUUCUUGGGCGCCUUGCAAGCCAGUAUCUCCAUUCUCUUGGUUAUCUUCUAUGGCGUCCUCGCGAACCAAUACAAACUUCUCGAUGGAGCGGCUUCCAAGAAGAUCUCCAAGGUCUGCGUGCACAUGUUUCUACCAGCUCUGCUCAUUACCAAAGUCGGAAGUGAACUGCACGCUGACACUGGAACGCGAUAUGUUCCCAUUCUAAUCUGGUCUCUCUUUUUCAUUCUAGUAUCUGUCGGCAUUGGACUGCUGGCAGUCAGAGUAUUCAAAUUGCCGGCUUACGUGACGCCUGCACUCGCAUUCAACAAUACAACAAGCCUGCCGCUGCUGCUAAUUGAGUCACUGGAAACCAGUGGCAUACUGGAUAAGUUGUUGACGGAUGGCGAUACCGUAUCGAAAGCCAUCAGCCGAGCAGAAUCUUACUUCCUUGUGUGCGCCCUUGUGAGCAACAGUCUGACCUUUGCCCUGGGCCCACGGUUACUCGCUGCCGACAAGGAGCCUGAACAAGAAGACCAAGACGAUGAGGAAAGCGAAGCGGAGCAGAAUGGCGAUGCCAAUGGCGACGCGGAACAUGGAGAGGACAAUGAUGACGAGCAGACCUCCCUCCUACCGAAUCGUGUACGCAAGAACCAAGACAAAUUUCAAGCACGAGCGUUCCAUCUUGGGAAGCAACUUUGGGAUAAGAUUCCUCAGCGCGCCCAGGGCGCGCUCUCUUUCAUGUCGGACUUCGCAAACCCUCCCCUGAUUGGGGCCGUGAUCGGAGCCAUCCUUGGUCUCGUCCCGCCAUUGCAUAGGGUCUUUUUCAAUGACACUGAAGAGGGAGGUUUCUUCAAAGCCUGGCUGACCCAAUCGAUUUCAAAGAUUGGACAGCUUUUCGUCACUUUGCAAGUAGUGGUGGUAGGUGUGUCCCUAUCGGCGUCGCUUCAGAAGGUGAAACGUGGCGAGGAUAAAACUUUACCAUGGGGAUCGACUUUGUUCAUUCUGGGCAUCAGAUUCAUUAUCUGGCCGGUGCUGUCGAUAGCCAUCAUCUGGUUACUGGCCACCAAGACAAACCUCUUGCUUGAUGAUCCCAUACUUUGGUUCACAAUGGCAUUGAUGCCUACGGGUCCACCUGCGAUGAUAUUGGUGGCUAUGGCAGAAGUUAGCGGCGCAAGCGAAGAUGAGAAAAUGACCAUUUCGAAGAUCUUGACGGUAAGUCGUAUUGUUGAACUCCUUCUGCAUUGACUGACACGGCCUUAGUUUUCAUAUGCUGCUUCGCCGGUCCUGGCUUUGACAGUCGUUGGAGCGCUAUAUGCUAGUCAAGCUGCCAUAUCGAAAUGAUCUCAUGGCAGGUUGUGACCAUAUUACGUGCUUUUUAGGGCCGGCGAAAGUGUAUUAUUUUUGGUCUGCUCUCGGACA